CAUAGACUCCUAUUAACUAAUUCCUUGAUUUAAACAAUAGUUGUUUAUUAUGGAAUUUUCGAGUGGUUCCAAAAGGUAAUAACUGAAUAGGUUUACUAAUGACAUAGUACGUUAGUUCAUUGACUUGUUAGGGUGGAGGUUAUCAAGGGGUCGGGAGUUGACCGACUGAUGCGCAUCGUCAGUGUCUCAGGAGCUACGAUUGUGAGUUUGUUAGUGUUCGGUCUUACGGAGCUCUGGAUAGAGAACCUAAGAUGGGGAGUCUAAGCUGGAUAGUGCUUUUGGCUUGCCUGCAGAUAGUGUAUUCUGAUCCGGACUGCGUAAUCGACCUAUCCUGCCGAGAAUGUAUCCCAGACAACAUGCCUCUCGUAUCCUCGCACCGCGCCACCACGGGCGCCGUGCGGCUGUCGUCCGGCGAGCAAGUCGGUCUCGUCUGCCGCGGCAGCAAGUUCCUGGCCUGGCCGCUGCAGCAUACGGUGUUGGCUGUGUGUGAGGGAGGCCGUUAUAGAGUGCAGAUUGAUAAUUCUCUACGGCACUUGUUGGAGUUGGGCUGCCAGGAGAAUAUUUUUGAGGAUGUGCUUCAUCAUGUGGAUCACUGCGCGCCGCCGCACCAGGGCCGCGCCUACCAGUCGCCGGGCGCCCGCGGCGCGCGCCACCUGGCGGCGCUGUGCUACGACUCCGACCGCGCCAUGCCACUAGCGGCCCGCGCCGCCGCUACCGGCCCCGCUCUUCCUCCUCACAGAGAACAGGACGCGCCACGCAGUCUCCUCGGCAACUUCAACCAGAUGUUCGACACCCGCACCCGCACCGACACCGACCAACUCUACUCCGACGAGAAACGCCUCAACAAGCGCGUCAGAGAAAUCCUCAGACAUGACCCCGUCUCGCUUUCCGACCAGGAACUUACUUCGGCUACUCUUCUAUCAUCACAUUACUUCGAUGAUCAAGAUAUGCGCGUAGCGGAUUUCCCUUCGAAUCGUAUUGCAGCCUGGCGAGGCGUAGCCCACGGAAACUUAAGGCACUUACAUAAGGAUGUUUCUGAAGUUCUACGUCACGCUAGAACUAAUAAUUCUCAGCUUGACGUUUGGACAGGAACGCACGAUAUCAUGUCAUUCCGUGCCGACUCUAAACGAGUCGAAUUAUAUUUGAAACCUGGACGUUUUCCUGUUCCUAAGUAUUUAUGGACAUUAGUCCAUGAUCCUAGUCAGAAUAAGGCUAUCGCUGUUGUAGUUUUGAAUGAUCCUUUUGUAGCUGUGAGUGAGAUUCGUUCUUCGGUGUUUUGCGAAAGUAUGUGCGCGCGAGCAUCCUGGUUAAAAUCGCUUUUACGUAACCGAAAUUAUGAGAGUCCUGUGUACGGAUUAGUGUUCUGCUGUAAUGUACACGAUUUUAGUAAUGUGGUUACUGAGAUGCCCAAGGCGGUAGUAGCGAACGUUCCUAAAGGAAUCGAUGGCUUGCUCACAGACUAUCCUAGUGUUUAAGUACAAAAGAAGUGAACUGCAGAUAAAUAUCUACGCACUGUCAGAAAAACAAUGAAAUAGGGAUUAGACUUUAGAACUGCCUAUUAUUAUAACAGUUAAAUAAUCAUGACUAAGUUUGUAUAUAACCCCCUUAUUCAUAAACGUGUACAAAAGUUACGAUGCCGCUAAUAAUCGUUUGUCCCUUUCCAUCAUACCAAUACGUCGAAAAGGAACAAACGAUUAUUAGCGGCAUCGUAUCUUUAGUACACGUUUAUGAAUAAGGGGGUAAGUGUUUAAAAAAAAAAGUAUAUUUUGAAUACGUACAUCAACAUUUAAAUAAUCAUGACUUUAAGUUUGUAUAUAAGUGUUUUAAAAAAUUUGUAUAUUUUGAAUACGUACAUAACGUAUUUGCUAAGGGUAUAUAUGUCAGCGGCAGAUUGUAAGAUCAGGCAAAUCGUGAAAUUCCUAGGCAUAUUGAGAAACGCGAAAAUCUGUCAUUCCCCGAGUCGACGGAGCCCCUAUUUCUGGACAGUUUUCCCUUCGGGCAUCUGAAGAUACCUAACGGACCUAUCCUAACCUUUCAAAUUCCCUGUGCGAAGUUACACAAGAACAUUACGAUCGGCCGCCGACAUAUAGAUAGGGUACGCGGCCCAAGGAUCUACACUAAAAAACUGGCACUCAUUUUAGUAUAGUAGUAAAGUUGAGAGCACAUACUAGUGUUUCAAAUAUGAUAUGCUAUACAUACUGCAUUUAUAAUCGCAAGGGCUAAACUAGGACACAUCAGUAAAAUUAAUUGAAGAAAGGAUAUUGAAGAAGUGUUUUAUUAAAAAAUAUCAUUACAGUA